CGCUCUCCUAGGGAGAAAGUCUCGUUGUCCCUUUGUGCUCACCAUUUUUACACUAUGGACUUCACGCGCCUGGUCCAAAACAAUUUAUUUCCCACUUUCUCAAGUCUCCAAAAAGUCCAUUGAAGUCAAAGUUGGCGGAAUCACCUCAUGCGUCACAUUGCAUGCAUCUUCCUCAAUUGCUAAAUUUCUUCAGUACCGGCUUGUCUUGGGACGGCAAUGGUGUCGAACGCUAGCUUUUAAUUGUUACUUGCGGGUUUUCGCAAAAUUCACUUAAGCGCUAAUAUCCUUUUUUUUUUCUCUUCUGUGGAUCUUGUUAUUUUUUACUCCAUUUGUUCUUUAUGCUUAGUUUUGUUGAAGCUUGAUUUUGCAGCAAGCUGCUUGCUAGUUGAAACUAUAAAAAAUGAGAGAAGGAGCGUGUGAUGAUUGCAAAAGCUGGGAAGAAGAAUUAUAUUGGACCCAUUUUCAAUAUAUCCGUUUCUCCCUAUUUCUGCAUGCUGGUUUUGAUCACCACUUGGCUAUCCCUGAAAAAUUUACUAGAAAUUUGAUCAAGAAAUUGCCUGAUACGGUGACUCUUAAAGGUCCUAGUGGUACUGCAUGGGAAGUAGGCCUAAUAUCUCAUGACAAUAUCUUACAUUUCAGUCGUGGUUGGCAGGAAUUCGUCGAAGGACAUUCUCUUGAAGAGAAUGAUAUAUUGGUCUUUAAGUAUAAUAGAGAGUCUUGCUUUGAUGUGUUAAUGUUCGACGGACAGAGCAUGUGUGAGAAGGCAGGCUCAUAUUUCCUCACAAAAUGUGUGCCUAAAGAAUAUAAAACUACUGGAUGCCAAACAAAGAGAACCGGGGAAAGUUCUACUGAAGUUCUUAGUGCGUCUCCUAGGAAUGGUAGUGGAGAUUCCAAGCUAAAGAAGCCUACACAUAACUGUGUUUACACUGCAUCAGGGCGGCCUGCUAUAGUUCCCAAUAAAAAAGUUCGAAGAGAAAUUAAGUUCGCUCCAGUUCAUAUGCCAAAUAUGAAAAGGAAAAGAAAACCUGGUGCUGUGGAUGUAGAGGCAAAAGCUGAAAUUACGCAUCCAUUUCCUGGCCUAUUAAAUAGAAGGUCUAAACAAGACGAAGCUACAUUGUAUGCAUUGCAAUCUGCACAAGCAGUGGUGACUCCCAAUGGCUUUAUCGCAGUUAUGAAACCUUCAUAUGUAUCAAAGAAAUUUUUUAUGUCAAUACCUUGGGCAUGGGUGUCUAAACACAUUACGUCUGAGGAGAACCAAUACGUAAUUCUACGUAUUAAAGAGAAAACAUGGAAAAUACGACUUUAUUAUAGCAAAGAGCCAAAUAGAGGGUGUUUCAUAGCUGGGUGGAAGAGUUUUGUUUUGGAUAACAGCAUAAAAGAAUCGGAUGUAUGUGUGUUCGAACCUGGCAUCCCAUUGGACAACAUGAUUGUCCUAGACGUUAACAUCUUUCGUGUAGUCCAAGAAAUGAGUCCGCCUGCACCAGUCGCUGAUGAGUGAAGCAUUGAUGGCUAUCACAACAGGUUGGUUAUCACACAAGAGCUGUUAUGCUUGUGUUUAGUGUUAGCUUUGCCCUGACGACAAUGUGUUUUGUGGGAAUAGCUUCUAAAGUGCAAUUUUGGUUCUGUAUAUAUUGGCUUAGAAGCAUUCAAAGUUGAUGUAUCAACUGAUAUCGUUUAUGGCAAUGUAUAUAACUGUAAGUACUAAGUAGUAUUACUAAUAGGUUUUGUUU